AUGUCUUGCUACGACCUGUGCCCCACCACCAGCAGCAUCACCUGCCCCCAGCCCAUCGCUAACAGCUGCAAUGAGCCCUGUGUCCGCCAGUGCCCUGACUCCACCGCUCUGAUCCAGCCACCUCCUGUUGUUGUCACCUUCCCCGGCCCCAUCCUCAGCUCCUUCCCCCAGCAAGCCGUGGUGGGCUCCUCCGGAGCACCUGCCUUUCCGGGCUCCCUGGGGCUGGGGGGUCUCUACGGCUCUGGGAACCUCUAUGGUUAUGGAGGUUCUCUGGGAUAUGGGUCCCAGUAUGGAUAUGGGAGUUCAGCUCUCUCCCCGCUCGGCAGUGGGUACUGCAGCCCCUACUCCUCCCGCCGCUACAGCCGGUUCCUCCGCAGCAGCUGUGGGCCCUGCUAA